UCAUUAUGCAUUGACAGAAAAUGUUGACAUACCUAAAAUCAAGGAAAUUAAGAUGAGGAGCAACGUUGAGAGAGCAAGUCUCUUUUUAUCAUUAAUUAAACAAGAUUCAGUUCUACUAGAUCAACUUAGAAAAAAAGAACAUGAAAAACCUAAAGCAAUUAGGUGGUAUGAUGAUGGUGUUAAACUGACCUCUCCAUCUUUAAUACAAUGUCAAGAAGUAGUUUCUCUAUUAACAUACAAACAUACGGACAUUAUCAUCAGCAAAUCAUCUCCUGACAUUGUAUGUGAUCUGUUGCCAGUUUUAUUACAAAAUGAAAAGGUGAAAUACUUGAGAAUUGAAGAUACUCAACUAACACAGGACUGCAUCUCAUCCUUAUGUAACUUACUGGCUAAUAAUGAAUCAUUAUUAGAUUUACAACUUGUUUCCUGUUCCAUUGAUGACAAAGCAGUUGCUGAUAUUGCAAACACACUACAAACACACAAUAACACACUUUUAAGAUUAGCCUUUUUUAAUAAUCCUCAUAUUACUUCAGUUAGUGCUCAGUCUCUUUCUGAACUAAUUAUCAACAAUACAACAUUAACCUUAUUAUCGGUAAGUUACACUUCAAUAUCAUCUGAUGGAAUGUUUCUGAUUCUUCAAUCGUUAAAAAUUAAUAAAAAUAUAAAGCUCAAUCUAGAUACGAAACAAAAAGAUACAUGCACAGAAUACCAUGACUAUAAUAUAGUAAAAGAUAGAGUUAUAUUUUAUGGUUAA